GUUGUUAAAAAUUCUGUUUGAGGUUGUCCAAUGUCGGUUGUGAAAGAGGCUGGUGGUCGGUUUAUAAGUAUGACGGAAAGUCUCCUUCUUUUGAGCUACCUUUUAGGGUGAGAGAGGUCAAGACCAUCCAACACAAAGCUGAGGCGUGAAGUAUGGAGUCGAGGUCGUCGGGGUCAAUAAAUUGAUCGCGCUUUUACAUAAGCUGCAUUAGAUUCUGAUAUCUUCAGCCUUUGGUGCAGAUACCACUGACCACUUAUCUGGUAGUGAUGUGAAAAGAGGAUCUCGUUCAUCAUCAUCAAAUGGUAACCUCCGUCCGAAGCCAUUUCAAGCAGGUGCUAAUACCAGAUCUUCAAACCUAAAAUGGCGUCCUGUUUCAACGGGUAGUGUUUCAAGUUCUCGGGGAAAAGAGCAUGUCAAAGCCAAACUCUGUUCGCUUGAGACUGCCAAACCUUUGAAACUGGAUUCAAAGUUGCCGUCCAUCUCCAAUAAUAAUCCAGACUUUCAGCCGAAUCCCAUCAUGGAGAUGCACAAGGACACAGAGAAUUUCCUGUUUAAAAUGCUUGAAGAUGGAUUUCAGCUAGAUAGGGAUGUGAUUGGCAAAGUACUUGGGAUAUGUGGAUACGAUGUGAAAGAGAGCUUUGAGAAACUAAUUGAAUUUUCAGCCAUAGCUUCAAAGGAAAGGAGCAACUUGGAUGGAGAGUCACUGAAAAAGCAUAGAGAUAUAAACCCUGCAUCUGAAAUGCUUUGCCCACCAAAAAUGUUGCGAGACACUAAAAAUGCAGGAGGAGAAAGAAGUGGAUUGUCCAAACCUAAGUCUGCUGAACUGACUAGACAACAAAUAGAGAAGCAGAAUCAAGAAAAGGAAAUAUUGGCCACACUAUUUAGUGCUUCCAAGAUAAACAAUGAUGAACCUCACCUCACAACUGGUAGGAGGAGGUCAUUUCUUGGUAAUUCUUGGAGGAGAUCUAGAGCAUUUGGCAAGGUGGUGAUUCCGCUACCAGAAGAUUUAAGUCCUGAAGACAAGGUUCAAGUAACAGACACAAACUGUGAAAAUAAUGACCGCGAUGUGGAAGAUGCGUAUGAAGUUCUCCGGAAGGCUGUAUUGGAGCAUCGCAGAACUAUGAGAGAAUACUACACAGCAGCUGUUGAAGCUUAUGCUAAUGGAGAUCGGGCUUUGGCUGAAAGACUCAUGGAACAGGGACACUUCUACCAGAAAAAAGCACGUGAAGCAGAUGAAGAAUCCAAUGCAAAGAUUUACGAGACAAGUGGUGGAAAUGCAGAUGCGAACGAUGAAUUUUUGCUUGACCUGCAUCAACAAGAUCCCAAGGAGGCAGUUAGUCUCAUGAAGCAUCAUCUGCUAUCGCUUUCUGGCAUCUAUUCUUACCUCAAAGUUGUCAUCGAAUCUAAUGGUACCAAUACCUCUGAAAGAGCUCGUAGGCGAAGGAUCUUGCAGCUUCUGGAGAAAGAAUCCAUCGAAUGGACUGAAGAAGGAACUGCAGGAACCAUUUUGAUUGCGCUGGACAAAAUCCAGCGAGAACGGUUGAGCUUUUACAAGAAGAAAUCUGGGAGUACAUCUCCUUUCUGAGAAGUUUAUCUGUGAUGAGAAUCCUGGUCAUUCUUUGCUCACCUAUUACUGGUCUGGAGGGCCAUUUGGACAUAUGAUGGACAUUGAAUUUUCAUUUGAGGUUGUUGUCUCAGUACUGGUGAAAGUGAUCCAUUCACAUUUGGACUUUUGGUGUCUCUUCUGAGAAGUCAUCUAUAAUAAGUGAGGACUUUCAUGGAGGUUUAAUAAUUGUCUUGCAUAUGCCCGUCAAUCUUUUUCUACAGCACAUUUGUGUUUCAACACCCUUCUUUCAACACUUCUCUUGGUCGACUUCUCUUUCUUCUUCUUCGUCUUUUUGGCUUUUAAUCGUGCUUUAUGUCUGUAAAAGAUAUGUAUAGUACAGACGUAAGAGCACAAUGAAUCCCUUUGACAAUGAUGAAUUGGAUUCAUGCAUACUUUGAGAAUUGUACUCACUUAUUUGUGGUCAGGUCAAUGUAAACGCUAUGCAUGCCAACGGGAAGUAUAUGUAUAUCACAUUUCUUAAUAUAUGGAUUA